AUGGUGGUUCUCAAAGAUUUGAUGUUAUUCACGGCCAUUUUCGCGGCUUUAGCGCAUGGAUACGCGAACCCAGGAUCAUGUUCGGGCGAAUGUGUUGUUUCUGACCCGACAUUGAUUCAAAGAAGAACAGACAAGACUUAUUUUCGUUUCUCCACGGGCAACAAGAUCUCAUAUGCCAGCUCUUCUAGCAUCGCAGGGCCCUGGACAGUGAUCGGGUCCGUGCUACCAAGCGGCUCUAAAAUUGCCCUUGCGGGCAACACAGAUCUUUGGGCGCCCGAUGCUCAACUUAUUGACGGUAUCUAUUACAUCUACUAUGCGGUCUCGACCUUCGGCUCCCAGUCUUCGGCCAUCGGCCUUGCGACAUCUCCGACCAUGGAGGCAGGCUCGUGGACUGAUCAUGGAUCUAUCGGCGUGACCUCUAGCUCCUCGAAGAAUUACAACGCAAUCGAUCCGAGCCUGGUCAACGUCGAUGGGACGUAUUAUCUGAGCUUUGGAUCGUUCUGGGACGACAUUUAUCAGGUGAAAAUGAAUUCCGCUGCGACCAAAACCGCUGGCUCCUCUUACAACAUAGCCUACGACCCCUCAAGUGGUCACGCAGAGGAAGGCUCCUUCAUAUACAAGCAUGGCAGCUACUACUACCUCUUCUACUCCGCUGGCGCCUGCUGCGGGUAUGAUACCUCCAAGCCUGCUGCUGGGGAUGAGUAUCAUAUCAAAGUCUGCCGAUCGACAUCCGGCACGGGAGGAUUUGUUGAUGCAGACGGAACACCCUGCAGCGACGGCGGAGGUACAAUGGUUUUAGAAAGCCACGGUACUGUUUAUGGACCUGGUGGACAGGGUGUCUUCGACGAUCCCACUCACGGCCCCGUCCUCUACUAUCACUAUAUUGACACGGCUAUUGGCUAUGCCGACGACCAAAAGCAAUUUGGAUGGAACGCGAUCGAUUUCUCUAGUGGAUGGCCUGUGGUAUGA